CGUUCGUCCACUAGUGCCAGUGGGAGGAAAAAAUUCUUCUUCCCUUGUGUGUGAGAAAAGAAAAAAAAACCCUUAAUUUCGCGUGUUCCGCUAGUCUUUGGAUGGGCGAUUCCAGCACUGAUCAGCAGCAAUCCAGCACUAGCACUAGCACCAGCACCAUGAAACCGACCAACGGAACCGAAAACGGCAGCAGCGUCAAGACCCCGUUCUUGAUCGGAGUGGCGGGAGGAACCGCCAGCGGAAAGUCGACGGUCUGCAAACGGAUCAUGGAACAGCUGGGCCAGGCUGACAUGGACCACACGCAGCGACAAGUCGUCUCGAUCAGCCAGGACAGCUUCUACCGGGAGCUAACCUCCGCGGAGAAGGUCCGCGCCGAAGGUCAGUUCAACUUUGACCAUCCGGACGCGUUCAACGAGGAGUUGAUGCUGAAAACUCUGCAGGACGUGCUGCAGGGCAAGAAGGUCGAGAUCAACGAGUACGACUACCGCACAAACUCGGUCUGCCCGGACCGGAAGUUGACCAUCUACCCCGCAGACGUGGUGCUGUUCGAGGGCAUCCUCGUUUACUUCCCCGCGAUCCGGGAUCUGUUCCACAUGAAGCUGUUUGUGGACACGGACUCGGACACGCGGCUGGCGAGAAGAGUGCCCAGAGACAUCAACGAGCGGGGCCGCGACCUGGAGCACGUUUUGAACGCGUACAUGACGUUUGUGAAACCGGCCUUCGAGGAAUUUUGCUCCCCGACUAAAAAGUUCGCUGAUGUAAUUAUCCCUCGUGGGGCUGAUAACACAGUGGCCAUCGAUCUGAUCGUGCAGCACAUCCGCGAGUUCCUGAACAACCGCACCCGGCAGGACCACAGUCCCCAUCUGGCGACGGCCGGCACCAGUGCCCUCAAUCUGCCCCGCGGCCGAGUGCUAUGCUCAACGCGAACCGCCUCGAUACAGGUGGAAAAGGAGGCCUACUUCAAUGGUUCAGCGUACCUUAGGUUAAAGACGCCAAUGACCCUAUGGAGCCAUUCGGCGAUUAGCUUUAAGACAUGCCGUGGUGGCGAAAUCCUGUCCCAGCGGUACGCCGGCCACGCACUGCUCGUGUCGGUGCUGCCAGACUCGGUGUCGAUCGUGCUGUCGGCGCCAAGCACGCAACCGAUCGAGGCCCGCGUUUCGGGCCGGUACCUGGACAACCGGUGGCACACGCUGCAGUUUGUGUUCCAGCUGGGGACGCUGUACUGCAUCAUUGACAAGCAGUCGUCGACGAUCGCCAACCAGACGUACAAUGUGCCGCUGAUCACGGACCAGGAGAUCAAGAACGAAGCGGCGGUGCUGAUCUUGGGGAAGCAGUACUCGGGGUGUUUGCUGCACGGACCCGGGUUGGUGUUCAACUCGAGUGCGAUGAAUGCGGAAGCGGUGGUGUUUGGACCGUGUCCGCUGGCACCUGGGCCGUGCUCGGAUCAUGACGUGUUGACGGGGACUCCGCCGGACUUUUGCUCGCACGAUCCUUGCAUGCAACAUGGGACGUGUAUUUCGCGAACUGACGGCUAUGAGUGCCACUGUACGUCGAGGUUCAAGGGCAAGAACUGCGAGGUUGAUUCGGGAUCGCCUUGUCAGCUGUACCCGUGCCAACACGGAGGAUCGUGCCAGGAGGACUCGAAAGGUGACUACAAGUGCUACUGUGCUCCGGGUUAUACGGGAGCACACUGCGAAACCGAACUCAGCAUUCAUCCACUGUGCGAGAAGAACCCAUGUCUGAACAACGGAACGUGUCGAGUUCCCCCAGGAACCAGCUCGUACGAGUGUGACUGUCUGAAAGGGUUCAUCGGACCCCGGUGCGAGAUCAACUGGGAUGACUGCAAGCCGAACCUGUGCAUGAACGGUGGUCGUUGCGUCGACGGAGUCGAUAAUUUCAUUUGCGACUGCAAGGGAACCGGCUACGGAGGAAUGCGCUGCCAGAACAACCUGGAUGAGUGCCUGAUCAAUCCGUGCCUCAACGGGGGAACCUGCUUCGACACGUACGGAUCGUACCUGUGCGAGUGCCCCACCGGGUUCACCGGUGCCAACUGCCAGCUCAGUAUCAACGAGUGCCGCUCGCAACCCUGCCAACACGGCGGAACCUGCAUCGACACCCAGGAAGGCUUCGAGUGUCGCUGCCAGCCCGGGUUCGCCGGAUUGUACUGCGAACUCGACCCCGGCUGCAGCCAGUGCCCGAUCGACUCGGACUGCAUCGCUGGACGGUGCGUGUGCAAGCCCGGAACCACAGGCUCGGUAGGCCAGUGCGUACAAGCAGGCGGCGGAAGUUCGGCGGCGAUCGCCACGGCCAAGUCCGCCCAGUCGAACGCGUGCGCCAGCUAUUGCUACAAUGGCGCCAGCUGCGUGACCGCUGCUAGUGGCCGUAACUUUACGUGCAUUUGUGCGACCGGAUUCACAGGUUCCCGGUGCGAGUCCCCGGUGGCGCUUCCGUACUCGGACGAGUGCAACUGCCUGAACGGCGGCAGCUGCACCCCGAACAGCUCGACGUGCAUCUGCCCGCAGGGCUUCGACGGGCAACGGUGCGAGCUCGCGACGGCCAUCUGCUCGUCGGCCAACUGUCUGGAACCGUUCCGGUGUACCGGCGGCAAGUGCCAGUGCCCGGACAACAUGAACUGCGACAACGUGUGCGCUUCGUCGCCGUGUCUGCACAACGGGUCGUGCUAUCCGCAGGGUUCCGGCGGGCAGGACUAUGUGUGCAAGUGUCCACCCGGGUACGAGGGAAAACGGUGCGAGAACGAUAUUGACGAGUGCAAGAUCAAGGACAAGAUCUGCGUGAAUGGGAUUUGCCAGAACACUCCGGGGUCGUUCCGGUGCUUCUGUACGCCCGGAUAUACGGGACUCAACUGCGAUCUGGAUGUGGACGAGUGUUUGAGCAGACCGUGCAAGAACGGGGCCCAGUGCGUGAACAAGGAGAACGACUACGAGUGCAUAUGUCCGCCCGGGUACAGUGGGAAGGACUGUGAUACGGAUAUUGACGAGUGCGAGAGUAACCCUUGUUCGAAGGGGUCGACGUGUAUCGAUCGGGUGGCGAACUUUACGUGCGUGUGUAUUCCCGGGAUGACCGGACGGUUGUGCGAGAUUGACAUCGAUGAUUGUGAGUCCCAACCGUGCCAGAACAACGGCCGCUGCAUCGACAAGCUCGGCGACUUCCUGUGCGACUGCAACCAGACGGGCUACUCGGGCAAGCUGUGCCAGUACAACAUCAACGAGUGCGAGUCGAAUCCGUGCACGAACGGAGCCGAGUGCAUCGACAAGGUGAACGACUACCAGUGCAAGUGCUUCCCGGGCUACGUCGGGAAGAACUGCGAGGAGGACAUUAGCGAGUGCGAACCGAAUCCGUGUCAGUACUCCGGGCGGUGUUUGGAGCGCUCGAACGUGACGCUGUACUACUCGACGGAUAUGAGCUUGCCGGUGAAUUAUAGGAACGGGUUCUCGUUUGCGAAUGCCAGCGGGUAUGAUUGCGUGUGUGUGCCCGGGACGAUGGGCAAGAACUGCGAGAUCAACAUCAACGAGUGUGACAGCAGUCCGUGCAAGAACGGGGCGUGCGUGGAUGGAAUUGGAAAUUAUACAUGUGAUUGUGAGCCAGGUUUCGAAGGAUUCCACUGUGAGACGGAUAUCGAUGAGUGCUUGAAGUACCAUCCGUGUGUUCAUGGAACGUGUUUGGACGCGAGGAACAACUAUGACUGUGACUGUGAUGGGCUGUGGGGUGGCAAGAAUUGUUCGGUGAAGUUGACCGGGUGUGAGGGGGAGCCUUGCUUGAACGGAGGAGCAUGCAUACCUUAUUUGGAGAAUGAAACGCAGCACAAGUUCAACUGCUCGUGUAGACAAGGUUUCCAGGGUAAGACUUGUGACACGGCUACGACGAUGUCGCUUGGAGCGAAGAGUUUGCUGAUUGUGAACACAACCCGGGAUGAAGGGUAUGAUAUUCAUUUGAGGUUCAAGACUACGCUGCCAAAUGGUAUUCUGGCGUUCGGAAAUGGAGCGACCUCCUACAUCUUGGUAUUGAACAACGGACGGCUUAAUCUGCACUCCGCCCUGUUGAAUCGUUGGGAGGGAGUCUUUGUCGGUUCCGGACUCAACGACAGCAAGUGGCAAAAGGUCUUCGUCGGGAUCAACUCGUCGCACUUGGUCCUGUCGGCCAACGAAGAGCAGACCAUCUUCCCGAUCAACUCGUACGAAGGUACCAACGGAAGCAAUACCUCCUUCCCCAUCACCUACCUCGGAGGAACCACUCCGACCCUCGCUCAACCCUACCUCAAGCACAUUGCCCGGGCCGUCUCCAGCUUCGUCGGAUGCAUGGAAGACGUCGUCAUCAACAGCCAGUUCGUACUCCCCGGACAGGAACAAGAGUUCACCACCCUGCACAACAUUGACACCGGCUGUCCGCGAACGCCCCAGUGCGAACCCAACCCGUGCAACUCCAACGGCCAGUGUACCGAUCUGUGGCACACCUUCUCCUGCCACUGCCAGCGGCCUCACCUGGGUCACACCUGCAAGUACAACAUCACGGCGGCAACCUUUGGCCACGAAAACACAUCCUCCACCGCGGUCAAGGUUAACGUCAGUGACACCGCCCGCCGUGCCAUCCGCUCCGUUCUGGACAUCUCGAUGUUCAUCCGAACCCGCCAACCCUCCGGCAUGGUCUUCUACCUCGGCAGCGAACCCGAAGCCAGCGACCAAACCCCGGACGACUCGUACGUCGCCGCGUUCCUCUCCAAGGGCGAACUCCUCGUCCGCAUGAUCUUCAACGACACCCCCGAAGGCUACACCGUCGGCGGCAACAAACUCGACAACGGCUAUCUCCACCUCAUCGAAGUCAUCCGCAACUCCACCCUCGUCCAGGUCAAACUCAAUGGCACCGAGUACUUCCGAAAAACCCUCUCCUCCUCCGGCCAACUCAACGCCCAGGUCCUCUACCUCGGAGGUCUCCCACCCUACCCGGACUCCAUCAACAGCCUGUACAAAGACGACUCCGAAAAGCAGUACUUCAAGGGCAUCAUCCAGGACGUCCAGGUCUCGAACGGUUCGCACGCCAUGAUCGUCGAGCUGUACCCGCUGAACGAGGAAGGUCUGGUACUGCCCCCACCCUUUGGCGACGUUAUCAUCGACCGCAACUCCGUGCUCGAGGGCGUCGUCACCGACGAUCUGUGCCGGACGCAGCCGUGCAAGCACGACGCCGUCUGCGCCAACACGUGGAACGAUUUCGUCUGCACCUGCCCGCGCGGCUACAAGGGCAAGUUCUGCCAGGAGAUUCAGUUCUGCGAGCUGCAAAAGUGCCCCCAGCACGCGACCUGCCAGAACCUGGACACGGGCUACGAGUGCAUCUCCAAUAUGACCUUCCACGACGACAACGAACCGCUGCGGUACUCGUUCAACCCGGGUUCGGCGGAGUUGCUGCACCACCGUCAGACGGCCUCCGGCAAGGACAACAUCAUGGACACGAUCGAGAUCUCGUACCGGACCAAGUUCGGGGGGACGCUGCUAAGCGUGCAGGACAGCGACAUGUACUUUGAGAUAUCGACGAUCAUGAAGCUGGUGACGGUUUCGUGGCGGUUGUCGUCGGAGCUGCCCGAGCAGUAUCGGUUCCAGUACGACGAGGACGAUAACUAUGGGUGGCACACGGUGUUUGUGCGGGUGACCUCGAAUGGGAAGUUGGAAGCUGGGUGGAAGGGCUGGGAAACGGCGCUGGAUCCGCAGCCGGCGAUCUCGGUGACGAUCGAUUACAUGGCUUAUAAGCAUUUGUUCUCUGGAAAGUUCUUUAUAUACCUUGGGGGGACUUCGCCACUGGCACCGAUCGACAACAACUCGAUCGUGAACGGAGGAACCGAUAAAGGAUCGACGUUCAAGGGAUGCUUGGGGGAGACUCGCGUAGGAGGUUACCUGUUGCCAUUCUUCCCGCACGACGUGAUCUACCCGGACACGUUCCACUUCACCGGCGCUCACUUCAACCUGAGUUCAGCUCAACCGGAAGAGGGUUGUAUCCUGUGCUUCCAGCAGUCCUGUAAGAACGGAGGCAUCUGCAGCAACCCGUCGGAGAAGUACGCUUGCGAUUGCCCGGCCGGAUACGAAAACGACGACUGCUCGCAGAACAUCGACGAGUGCUUGACGGCAAACUGCACCAACAACUCGACCUGUAUCGACGGCGUGGCGAGCUUCACCUGUCAGUGUCUGGAGGGGUACGAGGGCGAGCUGUGCGAGUUCGAGAUCGACGAGUGCCGGUCGAACCCGUGCCGCAACGGGGGAACCUGUACCGAUCGGAUCGCCGGCUUUACCUGCGAGUGUACCGAGGAGUACGCCGGACCAACCUGUGACGUGUUCCGGCUGGUGACCUGCGACAACCAGCCGUGCAAGAACGGGUCGACCUGCAAUGACGGGUUUAAUUCAACGACGGGCAACAACUUCACGUGCUCCUGCAAGCCCGGCUUUUCCGGACCGCUGUGCGACAUCCGGUUCUGCGACGUUGAACGGUGCCAGAACGAUGCGAUCUGCAUGACUAAUGACGAGGGGAUCCCGAUCUGCCUGUGCAACUCGGGCUACACCGGCCGGCUGUGCGAGAUCGAGGUGAACGAGUGCGAAUCGGCCCCGUGCCAGAACGGGGGCCAGUGCGACGACUUUAUCAACGGGUACCGCUGCAACUGUACCGGCACCGGCUUCGAGGGGCGCAACUGCGAGCUGGACAUUGACGAGUGCAUCGCGGAACCGAUCAACUGUGGCGGCCGCGGGGAGUGCAUCAACACGAGGGGGUCGUUUAGGUGCCGCUGUAACCAGGGCAUGUGCGGCAAGGAGUGCGCCCAGGCCGACCCGUGCAUCGCGGUGCCCAACAUCUGCGAGAACGGUGGCAUCUGCAUCGAGGACUGCGACCGGGAGCACCGGUACAAGUGCAACUGCACGGUCGGCUUCAUCGGCGUCAACUGCUCCGAACAGGCCACCAUCGAGGCGACGGGCACUUCCGGCGCGGACAUCGCCCUGAUCGUGGUCCCGGUCGUGAUCGGGAUCCUCGCCAUUGCGGGCGCCCUCAUCGGGACGUUCCUGGUGAUGGCACGCAACAAGCGGGCCACCCGCGGCACCUACAGCCCCAGUGCCCAGGAGUACUGCAACCCAAGACUGGAAAUGGACAACGUGCUGAAGAUUCCCCCGGAGGAGCGGCUCAUUUAAGACAGGGGCGGUGGGAACUGUGUUUGUUUGUUAUGAUUUAUUUUGAAGGUCAGAGAGAGAGAGAGUGUAUCGUUUUGUAGAUAUGAUUGAAUUGAUCUUGUUGAAGAGGCCGCUGGGACGCAUGACUGGGCCCACGAUUGUGAAUAGAAACAAAAGCAAACCUUUUACUCAUAUUAUUACUAGUAGGACAAACCAGGUUGACUAAUUUAAAUCGGAAGCAAUACUUUUCCUGUGUGGAGAUUGUGUUGCUACAAAAACUGCGGUAACUUGUACUUAAAAGUCGCUCACGUCCCCCAAAAGCGAUCGAGCAGAUCGUCGAGGACGUUGCACGUCCAAGAGAGAGAGAGAAACAACAUUUUAACUAAACAUUAGAAGAAAUAUUGUGAUAUAAAUCUUACCCCCUAGAAACAAAAUGAGAGAAAGUUUAAAAAGAGAAACAAAACUAUAUGUUAAGACAAAGUAUUUUAAACGCAACUCAAAUCUGUCCUAACAUGAAAGAAACCCGGAGGAGAAUCUAAAGUGUCGCGCUGCUUAAGCUAAGAGAGCGACCCUAAAACAUCGUUUGACCAUUCCGUCCAGAAUAACUACGUGUCCUAUCGUCCAGAAGCAUGUGUCUCUAAAUUCAAGUGCCGUAUGUAUUUCGAAAACAAAACAUUCCGUUAAAAAGAAUAAAUCCUUAAAACUACCUUAAUUAAGUUUAACAAAUUUUAAACAACACUUUCGCUUUCGCGUGCUUGUUUUAGUAAAUAAAAGAAAUUCUCGACGACUUUCAUUCGACGAAAGUCGCUUAUCUAAGAGAAAGAAUAAUUAACUUUAAGUCACUCACCCAAAACCACACACCUCCCACUGCUGCAGACUGUCUACCUAUUUAAUCUUGAAAAAAGUAUUCAAUUCUCUAGUUAGAAUAACGAGCAAACAGAACGGCAGCAAAUCGAUCAAAACGUGUGAAAUCAAAGCAAGCCCCGAAUCGGAAAGCGAACCUUAAAAUCAUCAUCAUCAAAAUAUUUUUAGUUUCAUUGAUCCUUCAUCACCCCACCCCCCUCUUUUUUAAGAUUAUAAAAACGAAGAAAAAAUACUAUUUUGUAAAGUAGAGUAUAGUGACACGAAUAUUUUUAAACAGAACAGAAACAUACAUCGUUACUAGGAUAAUGUACAAUAAAGAAAGGAUAUUUAAAUUAACAA